CUGUGAACCAGCUGUGUUUCCACCCUCAGGUCUCCCGAGCUGGCCAGGAUGGCGCAGUGGAACCAGCUGCAGCAGCUCGACACGCGCUACCUGGAGCAGCUCCACCAGCUCUACAGCGACAGCUUCCCCAUGGAGCUCCGGCAGUUCCUGGCCCCCUGGAUUGAAAGCCAGGACUGGGCCUAUGCUGCCAGCAAGGAGUCUCACGCCACGCUGGUGUUCCACAACCUGCUGGGGGAGAUUGACCAGCAGUACAGCCGCUUCCUGCAGGAGUCCAACGUCCUCUACCAGCACAACCUGCGCCGCAUCAAGCAGUUCCUGCAGAGCAGAUACCUGGAGAAGCCAAUGGAGAUCGCCCGCAUCGUGGCUCGCUGCCUCUGGGAAGAGUCCCGGCUCCUCCAGACAGCUGCUACUGCAGCCCAGCAAGGGGGACAGGCAACACAUCCCACAGCAGCUGUGGUGACAGAGAAGCAGCAGAUGCUGGAGCAGCACCUGCAGGAUGUCAGGAAGAGGGUGCAGGAUUUGGAGCAGAAGAUGAAAGUGGUGGAGAAUCUCCAGGAUGACUUUGAUUUUAACUACAAGACUUUGAAAAGCCAAGGAGACAUGCAGGACCUGAACGGGAACAACCAGUCAGUGACCAGGCAGAAGAUGCAGCAGCUGGAGCAAAUGCUGACAGCACUGGACCAGAUGCGCAGGGGCAUAGUGAGUGAGCUGGCUGGGCUGCUCUCAGCCAUGGAGUAUGUGCAGAAGAUGCUGGCAGAUGAGGAACUGGCAGACUGGAAGAGGAGACAGCAGAUUGCCUGCAUUGGUGGCCCACCCAAUAUCUGCCUGGACAGGCUUGAGAACUGGAUAACUUCCCUUGCUGAAUCACAGCUACAGACCCGGCAGCAGAUCAAGAAGUUGGAAGAGCUGCAGCAGAAAGUGUCCUACAAGGGUGACCCAAUUGUCCAGCACCGGCCCAUGCUGGAGGAGCGCAUUGUGGAGCUGUUCAGGAACCUGAUGAAAAGUGCUUUUGUGGUGGAGAGGCAGCCCUGCAUGCCCAUGCACCCUGACAGGCCCCUGGUCAUCAAGACAGGUGUGCAGUUCACCACCAAAGUCAGGUUGUUGGUCAAGUUCCCAGAGCUGAACUAUCAGCUGAAAAUCAAAGUCUGCAUUGACAAGGACUCUGGGGACGUUGCUGCCCUUCGUGGAUCCCGCAAGUUUAACAUCCUGGGGACCAACACCAAGGUGAUGAACAUGGAGGAGUCAAACAAUGGCAGCCUCUCAGCAGAGUUCAAGCACCUGACCCUGAGGGAGCAGCGCUGUGGGAACGGAGGCAGAGCCAACUGUGAUGCCUCGCUGAUAGUCACUGAGGAGCUGCACCUCAUCACUUUUGAGACAGAGGUGUAUCACCAGGGGCUGAAGAUCGACCUGGAGACCCACUCGCUGCCUGUGGUGGUCAUCUCCAACAUCUGCCAGAUGCCCAACGCCUGGGCAUCCAUCCUGUGGUACAACAUGCUGACCAACAACCCCAAGAACGUGAACUUCUUCACCAAGCCCCCCAUUGGCACCUGGGACCAGGUGGCAGAGGUGCUGAGCUGGCAGUUCUCCUCCACCACCAAGCGCGGGCUCAGCAUCGAGCAGCUCACCACGCUGGCAGAGAAACUGCUGGGACCAGGUGUGAAUUACUCUGGCUGUCAGAUCACCUGGGCCAAGUUCUGCAAGGAGAACAUGGCUGGCAAAGGCUUCUCUUUCUGGGUCUGGCUGGACAACAUCAUUGACUUGGUGAAGAAGUACAUCCUGGCACUGUGGAACGAAGGGUACAUCAUGGGCUUCAUCAGCAAGGAGCGGGAGCGAGCCAUCCUGAGCACCAAGCCCCCAGGGACCUUCCUGCUGCGCUUCAGUGAGAGCAGCAAGGAGGGUGGCAUCACCUUCACCUGGGUGGAGAAGGACAUCAGUGGAAAGACACAGAUCCAGUCAGUGGAGCCUUACACCAAGCAGCAGCUCAACAACAUGUCCUUUGCUGAGAUCAUCAUGGGCUACAAGAUCAUGGAUGCCACCAACAUCCUGGUGUCCCCUCUGGUGUACCUGUACCCAGACAUCCCCAAGGAGGAGGCAUUUGGGAAGUACUGCCGCUCUGAGAGCCAGGAGCACUCGGAAGCCACGGACUCAGGUGCUGCUCCAUACCUGAAGACCAAGUUCAUCUGUGUCACCCCCACCUCCUUCAGCAACACCAUCGACCUGCCCAUGUCCCCGCGCACGCUGGACUCGCUCAUGCAGUUCGGCACUGACCCCAGAGUGCGCGUCCUCGCCCAUGUGAGGGGCUGCGGCUCAGCCUUCCCACCUCCAGAGCCUCCCCUGGAUUUGUCCCACUCGGCUGCAGCUGCUCCAGGAACUGCUGGGGUCCCUGCAUGGGUCAGGUCCUCACCUAACCCAGCCCCUCUCUGGGGUGGUGCAGCUCAUCUCUGGGGGAGGGGGAUGAACCUUUUUCUAUUUCCUUCCAUAACAGUUUUCUAUUAUUUUUGCUCAUUCAAGUGCCUAUUUGCCUCCGAUUGCAGCCACAGUUCCUACAAACGCUUCCACAGCCCCGGUCCCGCUGCUGGAAGCUGCUGCCCUGACUGUGCCCACUCACAAAUCUGGAAUUGCAGAGGGGCUUGGCCAUGUGGCAGGGUCUGCCCUGCUGCUCCCAGCACCUCCUAGAGCCGGCAGGGUGCUGGGGUGAGUCCCCUCUCUGCGCCCACCUGGUUUUGGCCAGGAUGACCAGGACAGGGCUCAGAGCUGCAGGUGGAUGUAUCCAGGUGCUCCCACCCUGGGCUCAGCAGGCACUGCCCCUGCUGGACUCAGCCUGGGUUUGCUGGAACCCAGAGGUUCAGGAGCUGCUUGUGCUUGUCCUCAGCUUCCUGCUUUGGGCACAGUGACCUGGCCAGUGCCAGCAGCCCGGGCUCUUUUUGGGAUGGCUGGUGUCCCUGGGGUAGGGCAGUGCUGCUACCCAGUAAUGGCACCUGUGUGUGAACAGCAUCUGCAGCUGUUGCCCAUUUUGGGAUCUGGGUAAAGCCACAGGGGCUGUCCUGGCUUCCCUGUGGCCAGGCUGGUGCUGGGAGCAGGGUCUUGCUUCCAGCCCUGUGCUGAGUUGGACCCUGGGGAAUUGGGGGAGCCAGCAUGGCUGACAGUGGGGCACCUGGCCUGUGCCUUUCUCUCUGGGUUGUGAGGGGCCAGGCAUGGGGUCUGCAGCUUCUUGGGGGCUUCAUGUGGCAUUUCUGUUGGAGGUUGGCCCUCACAGUUAAGGUGGGAAGGGUCAAGAGUUGAAGGGAGCAAGUGGAUGUGAGGAGAGGAACCUGCUGUGGGGCAGUGCAGGACAGUGACAGGGGUGUUGUGAAGGGCAGUGUCCUGACUUUUGGGGGGUUGGUCCUGCAUUUAACAGAACUGGGGGAGCCCUCCUGCCCUUUCCAUGCAGUGGGCAAGCAGACACAGAUGAGCAGUGGAGGGGUGGGGGAGGCAGUGGCAGAGCUGCUCCCUCCGAGUUGCAUCACAGCUGGUGGCAGGGAACCAGAGGGCAGGGGGAGGAUCCCCGUGGCUGUGGGGUCUGGGCAAGCCCCUCCAGGCUGUGUGGGAGCAGGAAGGGGGUUUGUGGCUGGCCCUGGGGCUGCUGAAGGGCAAUGAGGGCCCUUUGCCCCUCUGCUCGCUCACUGCCUCCGGCCGCAGUCCCCGGCAGCAUUCGAUACUGUAAAAAAAUUUUAUUUUUUUGUAUAUUUUAUUGCUGUAUCUACAGGCUUGAACUUUCUCCGAAAUAAAGGCCCUGAAGCGA